AGCCCGCAGGAGCCAACCAGGGGAGGGUCAUCGCCAUCGCCAUCGCCAGAGUCGCCGUCAUCUCCGCUUCUCUCAGCCUCUUUAUCAGGCGACGGUUCCCGAGGACAUGCCCGCCGACGCCUCCAUUCUGAAGGUAACUGCCACAGACCCCCGCAUGGACUCCAACAUAGCCAUCGGUUACAGUGUGAAUGAUACAGUGAACUUCAGGAUCGACGAAGAUGGCGUUCUGUACAAUAACCAUCAGCUGGACUACGAGAAGGGGCCGCAUAUGUACUGUCUGCAGGUCGAGGCAGAAGCGCACGGGGGAAGGCGCUGGCGGAGGAGGAAGGCCCUGGCAGCUAUUCAUAUCUACGUGACGGACGCCUCUGAGGCGCCACACUUCGACUCUUCGCAGUACUAUUACUCGAUUCCCGAGUUCGCCACGCCGGGAACCUUUGUGGGGAAAGUAGUCGCCUAUGAUGACGACGACGACCUCGAACACUACGCCUUGGAUGGUGUGGAGCCUCCUAAUAUGUUCAUCGUGGACCGAGUGCGUGGGUUCAUCGCCGUGGGUCGCUCGCCCUUGGACAAGCAGUGGGUCUAUCACUUCCGGGCUGUUGCUAUCGACUACCAUGGCCACGUUGCCUCUGUUCCCGUCACUGUGUAUAUUAUAGCCAGCAGGCCUUGGUAUGCGCAACACAUGGGGAGGAAUAAACCCGAGAACCGCCACAAGCCGGUGUUCCCCGAGUGCGAUUCCUAUGACGGCGUUCAUGUCAAGGAGAACAUGACAGCUGGGACGCCAGUGGUGUUGGUGCUGGCCACUGACGAAGACACUGGGCAGAAUGGGCACGUUAUUUAUACCCUGAUUAACGGUUUCGACAGCUUUACAGUGCAGGCGUCAAAUCAGCAUGGCCAGAUCACCACAACGAGGAGGCUGGACCGUGACCAAGGCGACAAGGACUUCGUGCUGACGGUGAUCGGCCGAGACAGCGCCCAGGAGGCACUGCAGGAUUCGUGCUCCUUCAGGGUCGUCGUCGAGGAUGUGAACGACAACGCUCCCUUCUUCGAUCAGCCGAGGUACGACCAGACCCUGGCGACGGACCACCGCGCCGGCACGACCGUCCUGCGCGUCACAGCCUCCGAUCUGGACGCGGGAGAUAACGGGCGCAUCUCCUACUCUCUCCUCGCCCGUCAUGCGCCUGACCUCGAUUAUUUCAUGGUCGACAGCAGCAGCGGGAUCAUGUCGCUUCGAGCGCCUCUCGAUGGGAGCAUGGCCAACAGCCGAACGUUCGAACUCACAGCCCAGGCGCAGGACGCGGGCCAGCCGGCACUAUCGUCUACAGUGCCGGUCAGCAUCACCGUGGUGUCGACGGGGGAGCUGCCCCCCACCAUCGUCAGGCAGGACCCCCUCCGGCCGUCCAUCCUCGAGAACACGACGGAGAACACGCCCGUUGUUACUGUGUGCGCCAGAUCGAACUUGGCCGACAGCCCCAACGUGUACUUCACCCUCAUCAACGGCAACACAAAAGAUACCAAUUCCGAAGGGACUUUCGCUCUCAGACGGCUGCCCGACUCGAGCUCCGCCUGCACCGACAGCUCGGGCGUGAGCAUCUUCGUCGCCACCAGGAACCUCGACUACGAGACGGUCCAGGCCUAUACACUUCUCCUGCAGGUUGUGAACGACCAGAACGCCCGCCUGGACGAGCGCAUCCCCGUGGAGAUCGUGGACGUGAACGACAACGCGCCGCUCCUCCAACCCUUCGACGGCGCGGUGGUGGAGAACGCCGACGGGGCGCUCAUCACCACCAUUGUUGCCGUCGACCUGGACGCGUCGCCGGAGUUCAGGGAGCUGACGUACGCCUUCGACGCUCUGGCCGACGAGGACGUGCGGGCCAAGUUCGAGCUGAAGCCCAACGGCGAGCUGUGGACCACGAAGCCGCUCGACCGGGAGGAGGUCAAGCAGUACCGCGUGCCGAUCCAGGUCACCGACGGCGUUCCCGAGCACGAGCGCAUGACGACCUACUGGAUCACGGUGCAGGACCUGAACGACGUGGCGCCGGCGUUCGCUCCGUCGGGCGUGUUCGAGGUGGAGCUUCCGGAGAACAGGGAACUCGGGAAGCCCACGGGCAUCAGGCUGCCCGUCCACGACCCCGAUAUAGUAAGCCAACACGAAUACGAAAUCAUCAGCGGAAACGAAGAGGAAAAAUUCCGGAUCGACAGCGCGACAGGAGAUGUCUUGGUGAACAGGCCUCUCGACUUCGAUCACCCGGUGUUCGACAGGAACUUCACGAUGCGCGUGCGCGUGAGCGACGGCGCGAACGCCCCGGCGGAGACGGAGAUCACGAUCGCCGUGACGAACGUGAACGACCUGCAGCCGGUGUUCGAGCGAGCCAACUACACCUUCACCGUCACCGAGAACGCCGACUGCAACGUCACCUUCGGGAAGGUAUCGGCCAUCGACCCCGACCUGCCUAUGUCCGAGAGCCAGAACAUCUUAUAUUACCUGUCGUCUCUCGAACUCGCCAACUUCACGAUCGGGAACACGUCUGGCGAACUCUCGCUCAAGGGCUGCCUAGACCGGGAGGCAGCGACUCGUGGCACUAUGACCUUCUAUCCGCGUGCCAACGACGAGGGCGGACGAGGUCACGAUGCCAACCCAGCCACCGUUGAGCUGACCAUUCUCGACCUUAAUGACAACCAUCCGCACAUCCGCUCGCCUAAACCCAACACCGCCACGAUCCCCGAGAACGUGGAUCCCGAGAACGUGGAUCCGAUCCUUAUCCAACUGGACGACGUGGACGAGCCGGGGCAUGGAUGUCCGUGCCAGAUGGAUUUCGUGGAUUCGACGCCGCCCGCCCUCAGGGAGAAGUUCAACCUCACGGAAGUUGAGAGCUCCGAAUCGCAGUACAUCCUGCGACCGACCACGACGCUCGACCGCGAGGAGCAGAAGGUGUACAAGCUGCCCUUCCUCACCAGGGACAGCCAGGGUGUGUCCGGAAUUCGCUUCCUCACCCUCGAGGUCGGGGAUGAGAACGACUCUCCCAUGACGGACGGAACGAGCAGCAUCAAGGUGUAUAACUACAAGGGUCAGUUCCCGGCCAUGGUGAUCGGGGGCGUCCACGUGACAGACCUGGACGACUAUGACCUCGAUUCCAAGACCUUCGAAAUUGACCCCGUGACCUCGCUAGACGCCCAGAAACACUUCCGGGUCGACCGAGAGAGCGGGGACAUCACUAUGCUCGAGGGAACAGCUGCCGGCACCUAUACGCUGAGAGUAAAGGUACGAGAUAGCGAGAGAAGGGAGGCUGCCACAGGUCGGGUUACGGUGAACGUCGUAGGUCUCACGAAGGAUGCUGUGAUGCAGUCAGGAUCUCUAAGGAUCUCCAGCAUCUCGGCCAAGAAGAUGAUGGAGAGCAGCGAGACAGCGGGUGGGAGGAGCUUAUACGAGCGCCUCAAGAGAGAGAUAGCGAAUCUUCACAGCAUCCGUGUGGAUCAGGUGGAUAUCUUUACACUUCGGGAUGUGGAUGGCGGCGUGGAUGUCAGAUAUAACUGCCACAGCUCUCCGUACUACUCGACUGUUCGACUAAAUGCUGUUAUGAUGCAGAGAAGAGAGAGAGUGGCGGAAUCUCUAGGUGUUGAGAUUCCGUCGAUUGACAUGAAUUUGUGUCUGUACGAGGGCCUGUCUCCGUGCGGCGACCGGAGCUGCCAGCACGCGAUGCGCCCGAACCUCACGGCCCCCCUCGUCGUCGCCAGCGAGACCGCCACCAUGGUCGGGGUCGGACAUAACGGACGACUACAUCUGCGGCUGCGGCGAAUCUGUGGCUUCAGGUUGCUCGGAGGACUACUGCUUCAACGGCGGGACUUGCCUGGAGGUGAACAAGACCCUCUCGUGCGUCUGCCUGGACGACAGCAACUACGGCCCUCGCUGCGAGCUGAUGACGGCGAGGUUCGAGCGCGGCUUCGCCUGGUACGAGCCUCCGAGCGCGUGCGAGAACUCGUCCCUCUCCAUGGUGUUCGAGACCAGCGACGCCAGCGGGGUCCUGCUCUACGCGGGCCCCACGGUGCCCCGCCCUUGGCCGGGGUAUCCGAAGGACUUCCUGUACGUGUUCCUCAACCAGUGGACGUUGGAGGCGUACUUGGACCUCGGCUCCGGAACGCUGAACCUCCCCAUCCCUCUGGAGGAGAAUUACGAGAGGACCUUCGAGCUGGUGCUUUCCUGGGGCAGGGACGAGGUCGUGUUCGAGGUGAUAGACUGCGGCGUGAAUGCGACGAAGGAAGAUCCCGUCCCCUGCAGGAAGUCCUUGUUCCUCCCGGGGACGUCGAGGAGCCACCUGCUGAACGUCCAAGGGCCCCUCCAGCUCGGCGGAAUAGCCUCCAUGGCGAGCUUUCGGAAGCUCUCGGCCUCCUACAGGUGGACGCUCACGCCCCCCGCGGUCCUUCCCUUCUCGGGCUGCGUCUUCGAGCUGCGCCACAACGACUACCUGUACGAUCUCAACGCCACAGACUACCACAAGAUGACCUUCCACCCCUGCGACGCGCCCAGGGCAGCGAAGGUCGUCCUCGGCCAUCAGCCUGCCACCAUCAUCUUUGCCAGCGUCCUCUGCCUGCUGCUGGUCGUCCUGGUGAUCCUAUGCUUGGCUAGGCGAACUAGGAAGGCCAUCUCGUAUCCUGAUCUCGAGAGGGAAGUCGUGAAGGAGACGCUAGGAAGGACGGACGUCGAAGGAUUCGGGGAGAAGGAUGUCACCAACUUCGACUUCAAGUUUCUGCAAGUUACCCCCGACGGACAACUUCUCACGGAUGCCCGAAGGACUCAGCAUCGGGGACUUCAUCUCAGAAAACAUCUUGAAGGUGGACCAGGAGUACGAGGUGCCCGAUGACGUCAUCCACUUCAGCUGCC